AUGGGAGAUACAGAUAGAGGCCAUUUACACUUUGCUUUUCUAGAAAGUAUUUCUAGAAGCUAUAUAUCGGUUGUAAACGAAUAUAGGUUGCAUGGCAUUGUGGGUGCAGCUAUCCUUGGGCUUAUUCUGCCUUUAGUAGUUUCAUCGCUAUAUGUGCUCAAGAAGAAGAAUAAGCAAAGAGCAGUGCAAAUAAAUGUGGGUGGUGAGCCAGGUAUUACAAUGCGACAUAUUAAGUUCUCCUCUUUAGUUGAAGUUCCUUGGGAAGGGGCCACAACAGUGGCAGCUCUUUUUGAGCAAUCUUGCAAGAAGCAUACUCAACGUCGGUUUCUUGGAGCACGGAAGCUAAUCUCCAGAGAAGUAGUAGACUCUGCUGAUGGGAGGAAGUUCGAAAAGCUUCAUCUUGGGGAAUACAGGUGGCAAACAUAUGGGGUAAUAUUUGAUCGUGCUUGUAAUUUUGCCUCUGGUCUUAUCAAAAUGAGCCACAUUGCAGAGAGACGUGCCACAAUUUUCUCUGAUUCUAGGGCAGAGUGGUUCAUUGCCUUGCAGGUAGACAUGUAG